ACAUCCAGAGCUUUAAUAGUAAGAAGUAAGUUGAAGAUUAUAGUUGAUGUUACCUUUAGCUAGUUAAGAAACUAAUUUAAGUGUACACAUACCACCAGAAAUAACUCCGGCGGCAUUAAUUGACGAAACUCAUGUAUCUUUCCAACUUACAGAUGGUUCGCUGCCCGGAGGCGGGGUGUCUGACCGUUCUUCAGAAGAUGUAUGGACAUGAGGUCUGCCAGUCUCAUGCCAGCUGUGCCAUCCAACUGGAGGGACUCUUGGUCUGGCACCCAGAAGCCUGCGAGGUGUGUUACGGCCUCGUUAGGAACGUGACAGAUGAAUCGGUUGAUCCGACGCUCAAGGCCUCCUCGCUGAUGACCCUCAAGGCCUGGGUAGGGGGGUUUAGGAGGAACGUCGGAUCUGGCCGCCCCUAUGUGCUGUCGGAGGAGAUGUGUUUCCUCCUCUACCCAAACGCUAAGGUUUCGGCAGCUGUAGCGGCGGAAGUGGCGGCUCCCAUUAUAGAGCGGAUCCGCCAAGAGACCCAAGCCCCUCCUGAGGAUCAAGAGGGCUUGUGUGCGAAAAUGACAGAGGUGACGGCCAUCAGCCUGCAUAGAGAGCGCAUGACCAUCGAGGACCAGGAGGAAGGUAGGGAGGUAGGUGAGGCAGGUAAUUGUGGGGCUAAUGUACUCUCCUUCAGCCCAACUCCUUCUUCUUCUUCUUUUCAGGGCUUCUCUGCGAAGUCCACGACCUUUUGUGAUAGGUCGGUCUCAGUAAACCCCAAGGUGAAAACCUUAAAGACGAAGUCCCUGCCGAAGGCGGUUAGACCAGUCAAGCCUUCUCCGGCAGGCUCCGCCAGGUCGUCAUUGGCCCCCAAGCCUUUGACUUCCAAAGCCAGACCGACGGAGUCCGACUUCGACCAGGAGGCUUUCACCACUCUUCUCAUGAAGAUGGUGAGCGAAGUAGUAGUGGACUCGAGACUUCAGUCGAUGUCCACGCAACUCUCCUCGGGUCUAGAGACAUUCGGACAGUCCAUCCCGUCUCUGGCCCAAAAAUUACAGACCCAGGAGGAAUUGGUGGCUGGAUUUAUCCAUUCCGGAUGCACACCGCAGUCCUUUGUGGUGCCGGACGCAUCCAAGCUCCCGCCAUUUGAGAAUAGCAACCCAUGGCGGUUGGCUCUGCAUGCUCCCUUUUCAGAGGGCAGACUUACAAUUGAGGGUUGCGGAACCCGACCCGUGGAAGACUAUGAGUUCUUCCCGCCGGGCCUACAAUUCCCCUUCCCGGGCUACGCUAGGCUUGCCGAGGAAGCGUUGGUCAGGGUAGACAAGGUCCCGGAAGAGACAGUGAUCUACCCUAGAGAUCAGGCUCAGUCGGCAUGGGUCCGCAUCCUUACGGAAUGGGAGUGCGUCAACACCGAGUUGAUGCCUCACAACGGUUGCUAUACCAUGUUCGUAGCGCCGGAUAACAUCCCGACACCUUGCACAUCAAAGAUCGCAGAAUUGACACUACAGGCCGGAAUGGAGAAUAAACCCAUGCCUCAGCUAAAAGAGACGGAGGCCACCUCUUUGCUCUUUCCCAGAGAUCUGGAGUGUUGGGUUGGUGCUCCGGCAACGUUCACAGUGGGCAAACUCAACCGUGAUUGUGCCAUGACACAAUUCGGUGAACUUUUGCCUAGAAUUCCGGACACCAUGUUAAAGGCGGAAUUCGAAGCAAGAUGUAGGCUGAGCAGGUCAAUUAACUCAGUCACCACUGCAGAGUUGACAGCUUCUGUCUUUGCAGAGGAGCCUCUAUUCCGGGUCCUGACGAAGUCGAUGCUGCAGGCUUAUCAAUCGGACCUGUAUGAUUUCAUAGUGGCUAGACGAGCCUGCAGGAAGCAUGUCUUUGCUAAUGCCUCCAUCAGGCAUGAGCCUAACAAGCUCAUAAAUGCAUCAAUCUGGGGGGCUAACAUCUUUCCUGAGGACAUGGUUAACAGCGUCCUCAGUGAGGCGGCUAGGGCUAACCAGAACCUUCGUGACCGCUGGGGACUUAACUUAAAAAGGAAUUUCGAGGCCCCCGGACCACACGCCAAACGUAGGAGGAGGCCUAGGCAGUAUAAGUCUUCCCAGACCUCUCAGCCUCAAGCAGUGGUACAGGCAGUUCCUGUCUCUCAAAUAAGUAAGCCUUCGACAUCUAAGGCACAACCACAACAGCAGUUUGAUCUGCUGCAGAGUCAACCAACUCAACAGCCCUCGAGUUCAGCUGCCCUUGUGACUUCCCCAGCCUUCAAUGCCUCCUUUAAAACACAAGGGGCGUUUCGAGGCUAUAAUAGGCACGCAAGGGGUAGCAGAGCAAGAGGUGCUAACCAACAGAGAGCUGGCUCUAGAGUUCUCUCAAGAGGCAGAGGCUUCAGAGGAGGCAGAGGAAGUAAGACCUCAACCAGUCAAUGAGUCUCUCCAGGUAGGUGGGAGACUGUACCUCUCCCGGGAUCAUUGGACCUUCAGUACGUGGGCCCACAGUAUUGUAUCGAAAGGUCUGGGGUGGAGAUGGAUAAAAGGGCCUCCUCCACCAGUCAGUUUCCAUCAAAUUCCAACGACAGACCUUCUAGACUAUGCCAAAGACCUUCUUCAAAAGAAGGCAAUCAAGAAAGUUAAUCACCUGAAAUUUCAGUAUAACCCUUCUCAGAAAAACAUUAUUUUUAAUGAGUCUGGCCUCAGGCACCAGCAUAUCGGAACUGUCGGCUCUCUCUAGAGAACCAAAUCAUAUUGAUUUCCUCCCGUCAGGAGAAGUUCUGCUCUCUCCAGAUCGGAAAUUCUUAGCAAAGAAUGAAGACCCACAAAACAGGUGGUCUCCAUGGAAGAUUGUCCCUCUUCCACAGGACCCAUCAUUAUGUCCUAUUAUUACAUUAAAAUCUUAUCUGGGCAGAACUUCUAAAAAGUCUUCAGGUCCUUUUUUUAUUAGAGAGAAUGGUGGAACCAUUUCCUUGAGGGGCAUCAGACAACAAAUUCUUUAUUUUAUUAAACAAGCCAAUCCAGAUUCAGUCCCUCAUGUCCAUGAUAUCCGGGCAGUGGCUACCUCAGUUAAUUAUUUUCCUCAUAUGAACUUCAAGGAUCUUAAAAAAUAUACGGGUGGGAAAUCCCAGACAGUAUUUAAACGUCACUAUCUGAAAACUCUAGAGGCCCUUCAAUAUAUUCUGCAGUGGCUGCAGGGAACAUUGUCUCCCCUGAUACGGCCUAGUUAUGUAAUUCUAAAUCGGUAUUUUAUAAUUUUGCUAUUAAUUAUCUUUUGGUACUCACUCUCACCUACCUGCCUCGCUUGUAAUCCCUGCCUUUCUGCCGUUUGUUCUGGACUGGAUUGCUCAUCAACCCACUCCUGUACAUGUGCAUAGUUCUUUAAUAUGUUUGUUUUUAUGUUUAUUACCUGUUGCAUUUUCCUGGUAAUAGUAUGGAUUUGGUCAUAUUAGGUGCUAUUUACCAUCUGUUAUUUAUUAUCCUU